AUGGGUGGAGGAACUGGAAAUUCAGACGCAAAAACUUCCAUUAGGCACUUAAAGGUUGCAGUUGCCUUAGCUUGCAUCAGGUCCAAACCAAAUGGACUGUCUGCUAGGCAGUAUGCCGAGCAACUUUGUGCUCGGUACCGUGCUGAAGAGAGUAGAUGGAAACAAAAAUAUGAACAGGCAGAGAUGACAAUCCUUAAGCUGAAACAAACGCAAGAAUUACAAUCAUAUAUAAAUUUUUCAGGUUUAGUUGAUUUAAUUCCAUUUAUCACAUUUGAUGUCAACUCUUCACAAAAUCAAAAUGACGAGGAACCAAUGGAAGUGGAUAGAGAUGCUGAGCACAUAAAGCACAACACAGAUUUCAUUAAAAGCUACCUCAUGUUGAAGCAAGCUAACAGGGAAACAUCUCAAAAAUCCACACUGGGUAGUGCAGUUCACUCUACACUUUCAAGUUCCUUAUACUUGAUCAGUAAAAGCGUGGAAAAUGAAGUGUUAUCAAUCCCAAUAAUCACAGACUAUUUCCAAGUCAUCAGUCAGCUAAGUUCUGCAAUGGAAAAGAAUUUUCCAUGCCUUGAAGUGCAAGAACUUGUGCAAAUCAUUAUUGACAGAGCUCUGAGAGGUGAUAAACUUGAGAGAAAACAGCGGAGAGAGUUAAUCCUUACACUAAAACACCUUCUGAUCCCUCAGAUGAGAGACCAUAUUUUGGACAGUUUACUGGCAGCAAUUGAGAGUUUUUCCACUCAUUUAAGGACAGUGAGCCAAAAUAAAACACCCCUAAAUACAAUGCUGUAUGAAAAUAUCUAUUACAUCUUUGAUAUGCUUCAAAUUGUCCUUAAAGAUCUCAAGGAUGAAUGUAGUGGUAUCACUUCGGGAGAAGUUAAUCCAAGUCAGAGAUCUCUAAGUAGUGACCAAAGGCUUCAGACAGCAAGUAUUUUGUCUGAAGUUACUGAAAGACUUGACAAAUGUGUAUUGUAUAUUUCAGAUAGCUUUCCUUUGUUCGUCUGUAAAAUAUGGCUAAUCAAGUGUAAUUUCUUGUAACGUUGCCAAGUAAAUAAAGGUGUUUUAUAUUUUUUCUUGUGU